AUGGGCAGGCUCGUCAACGGUUCGGCGGGCUCGCGCACGCGAAUCGACAGGCUCGUCGAUUGGGCCGCGUCCCACGGCGCCGUGCUUCAUCCCUCGGUCGAGGUCUACGACGACGCAGGAACCGGUCUCUCGUUCCGAGUGCAUGCAGCGGCGUCCAAGCCGGUGCAGCCGUACGAGCCCAUCGUCGACCUUCCGACCUCGCUCACGCUCUCCUACCUUGACGCCCUGUCUGAUCAGAGCGCCAGUCGGCUCGGUGGCCAAGUUCUGUCCGGGCUUGCACCCCAUGUCGUCGGACGCCUGUUCCUCGUCAAGGAGCAUCUCCGAGGCGAGGAUUCGUUCUGGUGGCCCUACCUGCAGGCUCUGCCCCAACCGGCCGACACCCAGAGCUGGGCCCUUCCACCCUUCUGGUCGGCCGAGGAAGCGGAGCUUCUCGAGGGAACAAAUCUCGAGGUCGGCAUGAAGAAGAUCAACACCGAUGUGCAGCGCGAGUUCAGGGCGGCCAUGGAGCAACUGUCGACGGCAGGUGACGGCGGCGUCGUGGGCAACGGCAGCAACGGCGGCGACGGUGGCGACGGCAACGGCAACGGCGGCGACGGUGGCGACGGCAACGGCAACGGCAACGGCUGCCCUUUGACGGCGUCGUCGUUGACCCCGGCUCUCUACCACUGGGCCUAUUGCAUCUUUUCCAGCCGCAGCUUCAGGCCGAGCCUUGUGUUGCCCGCGUCACGGCGGGACGGCCUGCCGGACGGCGUCUCCAUGGACGACUUCUCCGUCCUCCUGCCCCUCUUCGACAUUGGCAACCACGACAUGACGACGGACAUCCGCUGGCAUCUCGACGACGCCCGUAGCAGCUGCCGGCUCGAGGUCGGCAAGGCUCACCAGGCCGGCGAGCAAAUCUUCAACAACUACAGCAUGAAGACGAACGCGGAGCUGCUUCUCGGCUACGGCUUCCUCGUUCCCGCGACGGACAAGCUGCACAACGACUACAUUCACGUUCGGAAGCGCACGACGUCGGCGCCCGUCGCCUCGGACGAGUAUCUCAUCUCCCGCCGACCCUUCUCCCACCCGAGCUCUCUUGUCGCGCGAGCCAAGCGGACGCUCGCGGUCGAGCCCCCGACCGACGUCAUGGGCGCGCUCCAGCACGUGCAGCCGGACAUGGUCUGGGACAUCUUCCGCACCCUCGCCCAGGCGAGACGGCUCGUUCUCGACCACGGCAAGCCGGGGUCGGAUGCGGAGCGGCACCAGCGGCAGGCUUUGCUCUCGGGCCGCGUCGCCGACGAGGCUCGUCCCGUCCUCGAGCAGACGGCGGCCGUGAUUCAACACAAGGUGCUGCAGGAGCUGGAGCGCCUCGACGAGACGGACGUCGAGAUUGUCGGCGGCGACGUAGACCUCUUGACGGCGAACCAGCGGCUCGCGCUCGACUACAGGGACCGAUGCCGCAAGGUGCUCGAGAGCACGCUCGAGGCCAUCGGCCGGGAUGAGAUGCUCGGCGCCAUGAUGGAGGAGCCGAUGACGCCGAUGGCGGACCUCGACCAUGGGCACGACGGCGACACCACGAGGCUUGGUGCGGCCCCCUGCGACACACGGGCCACGUGGCGUGUCGAAAUCAACCCGCACGACGUCGACGCACCGAGGGGGUUGCGAGGGCACGCGCGCUCGUGGCCUGCGGCGACGCCGCUCUCGACGGGUUGGACGAGACAGGUCACCAAUGAUGCACCGGUCAGGGACGCGGUGAAGGUGACGGGGCCGGAGGAGGAGGCUGUCGAUGGGAGAAACAAGUCGACGCUGCCUGCGGAGCCGUUGGAGACGAUACCCCCAGCAGCAGGACUCGUCAGCUUCAUCGCCAUGUCGGCCCUCCACUCUGCACCGCCCAAGCGGCUCCUGGAUCGCUCCACCACCCACCCUCGCCUCGACCCGUCCUCGCCUCCAUCCCGCGACGCGGACGGCCUGGCUAAGGAAAAAGGCAGCGUUCCCCUCGACUUCGCGACCAACCAUGCGCCCUACUACCGGCUGCUCCUCGCACCCGACCCCCGUCCCCACGGUUACGUGCACCCGAGGACGGUGGCCAAGAUGCCCUGGCCGGCCUCCUUCUCCGUCGACGACGAGGCGCGGACGGUGACGCUCGCGCCGGCGCCCGAGGGCGUCUCGCUGUCGGAGCACGCCAACGCGGCCUUCCAGCAGGCCGUCGACGCCGCCAUCCCCAUGAGGGACGACUUUCCGACGCUCGCCGGGACGCACAGCGAGUACUACCGCGUCGUCGGCGCCCGUGACUUUGUCCACGUCGAGCGCUACGCCGCCUCCCUCUUCGGCAUCGCCGCCCGCGGCUCCCACCUCACCUGCUUCGUCCGCUCGGCCCCGUCGUCCCCGCCUCGGCAGGGUCGCCCGCGGCGCGACGAGAUCAAGAUUUGGGUCGCCCGCCGCAGCCGCCACCUCUACAUGUUCCCGGGCAUGCUCGACAGCACGGCCGCCGGCGGCCUCCAGUCCAAGGACAGCCCGCUCGACUGCGUCAUCGCCGAGGCGGUCGAGGAGGCGUCCCUGCCGCCCGAGCUCGUACGCUCGUCGGUGCGGAGCACGGGCGUCAUCACCCUCUCGACCCGCGACCCGCGCUCCGAGCUGUUCCACUCCGAGAUCCUCUACGUCUACGACCUCGAGCUCGCCGACGACGUCAUCCCGCGGCCCGGCGACGGCGAGGUCGAGGAGUUCAUCCUCAUGGGCUGCGACGAGGUCCGCCGCCGCAUCGUCGCCGGCGAGUUCAAGCCCAACGUCUGCGCCGUCCUGGUGGAUUUCCUCAUGCGUCACGGCGAGAUCACGCCCGAGGACGAGCCGGACUACGUCGACCUCUGCGCGAGGGUGAGGAGACAGCUGCCGGUGCCCACGACGUCGGACGAGCCGUGA